UCGUGAUCUAGCAGCCAAGGGAGACAAAGACCAGAUCCAUAAGUUGAUAGCUGUCCUUGGGUCUGAUUUUGCCCUUUCGCCAAACACAAGUCUCAAGAGAGGUGGGCUUAUCGGUCUUGCUGCUACAGCCACUGGACUUGGAAAGGAGUCUUCAGGCUAUGUAUCAGAGCUGAUCAGACCAGUCCUGCCUUGUUUCAAAGACCCUGAUAGCAGGACCCGCUACCUAGCCUGUGAAGCACUCUAUAACAUAGCCAAGGUCACCAGGAAUGCCAUCCUCAAGCACUUCAAUGAUGUAUUCAAUGUCCUCUUUGUGCUUGCUGCAGAUCCAGAUAUAAAUGUCAAGAAUGGUUCAGAGUUGUUGGAUAGACUCUUGAAGGACAUUGUCACAGGUAGCCCAAAUUUUGAUCUGAAUGCAUUCAUCAACUUAUUACGAGAGAGGAUCUACACACAGAAUUCCUUUGUGGGCCAGUUUAUUCUAUCAUGGGUGACUACAUUGGACUCUGUACCAGACAUCAACAUGCUGGUUUACUUACCUGAGAUACUGGAUGGCCUCUUUCAUAUUCUCAGUGAUCAGAACAAGGAAGUCAGAAAAAUGUGUGAGUUUUGUCUUGAUGAGUUUCUGAAAGGAAUCCGCAAGAAUCCGAGCAGCGCUGACUUUCCAAACAUGGUGAACAUUCUAACCACUCACACGACAUCCCAAGUUGAAUUGAUCCAGCUUACAGCAAUGACUUGGAUUAGAGAAUUCUUGAAUUUAGCGGGAAGAUCAUUGCUUCAUUUUAUGUCAGCAUUAAUGAGUGCCGCACUACCUUGUCUGGCGUAUGAAGAACAACAUCGGAAGAGUAUCAAAGAUGUUGCUACAUCAGUCAAUCAAAGUCUGAUGAGACUGGUAACACAGAGUGAUGACGAAGAUACGAACCAACAUGCAAUAACAAGUACUCCUGAGAAAUCUGAUAUAACCAGUAUUACUCUUCCAGUGAAGCUCCAGCUUGCCCCGAUAGUCCAGGUCCUGACGCGGUACUUAGGUCACAAGUCAAUGCAGACUAGGAUAGCUGUAUUACAGUGGAUCUAUCAUCUACACAUCAAGACACCAAAGAAGAUAUUCUAUCAUGUUGAGCAACUCUUCCCAGUUCUCCUGAAGACUCUAUCAGAUCCAUCCGAUGAGGUUGUUCUCCGUGACCUUGAGGUACUUGCGGAGAUAGUCUCUUCAUCGGCUGGUCCGGAGUUUAUUGCCGACCAGCAAGCAGCCAAUCAGAUCGCUCAGUCAGCAUCCAACACAUCGUUCAAGGCAGUAUCAGGUACCAACAAGUACUUCAAAGACUUCAUGGUGAAGCUCCUCAACCUCUUCUCCAUUGACCCGCAACUUCUUGAGGAUAGAGGCUCUUUUAUUAUCAGGCAGCUGUGUCUGUUAUUGAAUGCUGAACACAUCUACCAAGCCCUGUCUAAGAUUCUUCUGGAUUCGCCCGACAUGAAGUUUGCUACUACGAUGGUCCAGACCCUGAACACCAUCCUGCUGACCUCCACCGAGCUGUUUGAACUCCGCAGUAAACUCAAGGAUCUUAAAACAGAGGCUAGUUGCAGUUUAUUCUGCUGUCUUUACAAGUCUUGGUGCCAUAGUCCCGUUGCUACUGUCUCACUGUGUCUUCUCACUCAAAACUACAAACAUUCCUGUGAUCUUAUAUACCAAUUUGGAGACUUGGAAGUCACUGUAGAUUUUCUCACAGAGAUUGACAAGUUAGUCCAGCUUAUUGAGUCACCUAUAUUCACUUAUCUUCGGCUUCAGCUAUUAGAUGCAGAGCACAACCCCUUUCUUCUGAAGAGCCUGUAUGGUUUGCUGAUGCUGCUACCACAGAGUACCGCCUUCAACACCCUUCAUCAUAGGCUCACUUGUGUACCUAAUCUUCAGUACUUGUCGGGUACAGGGGGAACAUCCAAGAAACUAUUCCUACCGGGGAAUAAGGCUACUGUUGACUCAAGUAAGGGCGACUCAUCUUACAAGAAGAAUAUCAACUGGAGUCAGAUGCUGGAGCACUUUCAUCAGAUCCAGCAGGACCACAGUAAAGCUAAGAGAUCCAGACAUCUACCCAUGGAGACCCUGUCAUCUGGACGAUCCUGAGAUCAUGAUCUUAGGGAUGCCGGCUGUCAUGCGUUCAGCUGGAUUUGCCUUCCUGCAUGCAGGAGAGGAUAUGGCAAUUUGGGGAUGCAUUCUGUCAUUGCCAAGGUUUUGAGACAUCCUCCAUGGCUUUGGUUAGAAGUUGUUGUGAGUUUUAUUUGUUUUUCGUCAGCAGCCGUUGCUGAUGAGCCAUUGCCAAAGAUGACAGCUUAGUUAUGCUAGUCAUUGUAGAUCCUCAACUCUGAAGGAUAGGAAAUGACAACUGUGCGGAUGCCGAAGACUAUUGCCAGUGAACUUGAAGUGACACAUUCUCCAUGGUCUCUUGUCAAAAGCUUCUAUGGUUCAUUUCCUGAUAAUCUAUUGUCAAUUAGCCAGUGCCAAAGACAACAAGAUCUCUGUACGAUUCAUCGUGAAUAAUUAAGUAGAUUAUUGUGAAUGAAUGAAUGAACAUAGUAUGAACAUACCUACGGCAGGAUUGUGUUGGUGCUUGCUAGGAUCACCAAAUUCUUUAUGUAAAAGAAAGCCUGGUUUUCCAUGAAAUAUCUACCCUAUGAAAUGAACUGUAAAUGAUGUUAAAUUCACUGAGGUGCGAUCAUCAAUUUACAAGGUAAUCCUGGAAGCAAGAGGAAACCUAGGCCAGGGUCACUCCCGCCCUACAGGGAGUCAAGAUUGACUGGUCAAUCACAUCUGUGGAAUGCCAGCAAUGCCAACGUUUGUUCAAAUUGUUUUCUAAAUAUGAUGUAUACUGGUACAUGCAUUAUUACAUUGAUAAAUCAGUGUGUCCAUCUUUGUUUAUAAAGGGAAAUUGCAUACAUUUCUUAUCUGAAGAAUUCUGACAUUGAUGGAUUUCCAUAGUUCAGGGUACCGUAACUCAAAGGUUGCGAUUGAUCACUUAUUUGAAAGAACAAUUCUGAUUGGUUCCUGGUCAGUCUACUGAGCAAAAUGCACAUGCAACGAUGAUCUUGAUAGGCCAUUUCAUGUAGCGAUUAACCGCUUACCUUUGUGUUACGGCGCCCAGAUGUCUUUGUAAGAUGGGGGGCCUAUAUAGGCUCCAUUGAUAAAUCUUGUGACUAAAUGGUCUUAUUGAGAUGGAGGAUUGAUAUGUUUUUAUGGAAUUAAAUUUCAAAUUGAAGCUGCUGAAUUUACGUCUUUCCUUACGUUUCUUUCUUUCUGGACUCCAAUCACUCCACUAUCCUAUCUUUUUAAGAAGCUCUUACUCACUCACUCUCCGUCUCUUUUUCCAUCUCUCUCCUAUUUUGAAUAUUUAUAUCUUUUGUUUUGAAUGAAAAUAUACUUGGGUGUUUAACCACUGUAUUAGUGGGAGCUUCUUGAAAUGAUCUGUUUUCUAGUCAUCGUGAUAUUGUAAUGCUCUCUAAUUAUCAUGUCAUUAGCAGGACAUACAAAAGGUUGGAACAUUUUAUGGAAGUGUCCUAAUCUAGAUGGCAAUUUGGCAUUUCUCUCUGAAAUGGAUUACAAAGUUUGAAAAUAUGAAGAAAGAAUUAGUAUUGUUUACUGACUCAGAAUGUAAGCCGUCAAAUGUUCAAUGAAUGGAGCUGCUCGUAUCUCAGCAAACAAACUGAAAUAUUUAGAGGUUUUCUUUAAGACAGUCAACCAACAUUUAUGAUGAAAGAUGAUAUGGCUCAUAGAUUGUCAUGUUAUUGUCCUAUAUUGGUGAUGUUUAAUUAAGAAUAAGAUUUUAUGAAAUGGAUGUGCUUUAGCUAGUUAUUUCAAGCCAUUUUAUGGCAAAAGGGAUAAUGUUGGGGAAAAAACAGAAUCUAAAAAACUCACCUUUGUUAUAGUUUAUGCUUUGUAACAUUUUUAAUGUGCUCUUCCCAGCGUGAUUUUCGCAACCAUAUUAUUGAAUACAUAUCAUAGCAUUGUCAUUGUUUGCUAUUUAUAACCAAGAAUAUUGACUUGUAUUCAAGUUUGGUCAAGAUUUGAGCGAAAAUUUAUAUUGCUUACUAUAUAAGUAAACAUAUUAUUGACUUUCAGACAUUCUCUAACAUUCCCAGGAUGUGAUGUUUUAUUUCUCAUGAAAUGAAUAUUCAGUAUGUUAAAGUAAUAUAGAAUUUGUAUGUGCAAUUUACAGAUAAACUCUGUGUGUAUGUCACAUGAACAAGUGACAUUGACAUUUGAAUGUAAUGGUAAUAUGAUAUUUUUGUAUGUUUAAAAGCAACCAAAUGGUUAAAAAACUUAAUGCAUUGCCAAUAUCACUGCUUAGAACCCCCCCCCCCCCCCCCGAGACAUAUUUUUCUACUUUUCCAACUGUAAACUAUAAAUCAUGCAAGAAUACAAACGUAACCAAAGUAUUUCAGUUUAACCCCUAUUUAAGGGGGGGGGGUCAAAUUGACCCCCCUCGACAAAUUUCAUCACUACGCCAUCGCGCAAUUUAAAAACAUACACUUAUUCGCAUAAUUAAUUAAUAAAAAAAUAAAAAAUUUAGAAAAUUUUACGAUACAGUCUUGUAGUUUACAUCAGGCUCUAUGUGCGUGCGAAUUUUCGCGGCGAUCGCAUAAUGAGCGACCGAGAUCUGAUACCUCCCCCUAUAUCCUGGUCUGGAAUAGCCAGUUAAAUUAGGGUAUGAAGUACAGUCAAUAUUGGAGAGGUACUGGAGCAGAGAUACAGCAUCAUCAGAAUAUUCCUGAAUUUACCAACUUUCUUAAAGCUUUGAUUCUCAGAAAUCUAUGCAUUUAAAAAAAUUUUGAAUUCAAAACACCAAGCGGUCAAAACUCUGAUUUUAAAGUAUCAAGCCGUUUGUUUUGAUUUUUUCUUCACUGCAGUCAAUACUCGUUUUUACUGUUAGCACGUAGAUAAAUUGUGAACAAGAACAGUACCUAGAUUUUGCUUGAGGAAGGAUAUUGUGACCUCACUAAAGAGUUUCACCUUCACAACAAAACAAUCGAGGGAUAUUUGCAUAAAUGUUUUAAUGUUAGUGUGUAUGUACUUUGCAUGAUCACCACUGCAUGUGAUGGAGAAAGAUGGAACAAAAAGAAUGAAGUGGCAAUGACUUUGUAUUUCGCACAUACUCUUAAUAAUUCAAUGCGUUAUGACCCCAUCAGCUGAAGUAAGUGACAACGGGAAAUGCAAAAGUUCCAUCACUUCCAGUGACAUUAAAGGGAAAAUUACUCUUUUUUUCCACAAAUUACUUUCGACCAAUCCUAUAGCAAGAUUCUUAGUAUGGGGAAGAUAAAUACUUAAAAUCAUAUCAUCUGCCAUAGUGUUUUGACAGAGGCAGUGAAUGAAGUCAUCCUUCUGCCCCCUCAUAGUUUCAUCUUGUAAUUUCCAUAUCAUGUUACUGUUUUCAUUAUUGUGCAUUUUGUAAUUUCAUAUUUUACUGAUUUUUUAAAUCCAGAAACCAAACAGUAACAUAAAUGUAUGCAACAAUUGCUCUAUGAUUAGCUUUACUGUUAUGAACUUGCUCUGUGUCUUUGUAGAAAUCAUCGUAAAUUUGUAAAAACAUUUUUUUUAUACAUUUCUUUUGCAAUUCUAAUUUUGUUGAUACAGAGUAUUUAUAUAUGAAAUAUAUAUCAAUUAUGAUUAAAUCAGUGAUUGUACCUUGUCUCAUUUUAUCAGAAAAAAAAAUUAUUGCGACUGCAUC